ACAUAUAGACAUAUAUAAGAGGAAGGAUACAGUUAUACAGGAGGAGACUGAGAUACAUAUAGACAUAUAUAAGAGGAAGGACACAGCUAUACAGGAGGAGACUGAGAUACUUAUAGACACACAGAGGAGGCUGCUGCUCAGUCAGGGGAGAGGAUGGUACAGAGAAGAGAGGGAGCCAAAGGCAAGUGUGACUAGAAACCCUCACAGGAGAAUGUCAGAAUAAAGAAGCAGAACAACAUCCCGGGCGGGGAAGAGUGAGAAAUAAAGGAAUUAUUAUUGUUAUCAGUCAGGGGCUGGCACAGCGGACAGGAGAUCCCUAUAACAAACACAAUCGCUGCACAAGAGCGGCACCCGGGAGGGACAAGAGAGUCUGUUGUUGCUGCUACUGAGGAGCCGCUGUGCGCCACAGCCCGAGACAUAUACACUGUCAGCUCGGAGACUCACAGCCCCCUCCCCACGGCAGGACACGGAGGCCGAUAGAGUGGGCUCCUUUGUUUAUUUGCCGCAGCUUUGCUGGACUAGUCUAUGGCACAGGGCUGGGGGUGAAGCUGCCCAAAGAAGCGGCCACUGCAAGCGGCUGUCCGACCCUGCGUCCUACUAAAUAUGGGCUCAGAGGCUGGGGGUAUCCCCGGGCUCAGGUGGGGACUGCUGGAGACGAGCCCGGGCUGUGCUGACUGUUAGGGACAACUACGGGAGCCUGUGUCCUCCAAGCAGAUUGAGGAUCCGCCGCUUGGGACUGUGCAAUGGGAUGAAGAUGAGGUGGCACAAGAUGUUCUUGCUGCUUUGCAUGGCCGGCCUAUGUGUGAUCUCUGUACUUCACUUUCUAAAGGCCCUCUCCUAUGUCUCACUAUCGCGUGAGUUGGUCUCUUUAAGCCCUAACUUCAUUUCUGGGUUUUUGUGGGAUUCCCGACCUUUGAUUCCACAGCUCAUGGACAGGGCUGAAGUUGGUACCCAGGUCCUGCGUUCUCCAGAAUACUACCGUCCACCUCAGCUUAACAACAACCCACCCAGACCACCAUCUUCAGUCCGGGGUGAGCAUUUGAGUGCAGAGGAUUUGCAUCUUGUUGAAUUUGUCCUUCAGGAGGAUGUCACAGAGUAUUUUGUUUAUACCAAAUCAGGUGGAGUGUGCUAUAAGCAAGGGACAAAAUCCUUAGAUCGUACACCUGAGAAACCAGAACGUAGCUCUCAGCGUAGGCAAGCACCUGGUGCAGCUCGGCAACAGCAGACUCAGCAGCGCAGAAAAUGGGUGGAGUGUGUGUGUCUGCCAGGCUGGUAUGGACCUAGUUGCGGCGUGCCUACAGUUGUCCAACACUCUAACCUUCCCACCAAGGAUCGAUUGACUCCUCGUUUGAAACCGAGACGUGUUAUUAACGCUAUCAACAUAAACCAUGAAUUUGAUCUGCUUGAGGCACGAUUCCAUGAACUAAAUGGGAUUGUUGAUGUUUUCCUAGUGUGUGAAUCGAACUUUACAGCUUAUGGAGAGCAAAGGUCACUUUUAUUCCGUCAGAUGCUUCUUAACGGCACUUUUGAUUACAUCAAAUCCAAGGUAGUAUAUGUUUUUUUGGACCAUUUCCCAGAGGGUGGUAAACAGGAUGGAUGGAUAGCAGAUGACUACCUUAGAACAUUUCUAACUCAUAAUGGUGUAGGCCGACUGCGCAACCUAAGGGAUGAUGACUUAUUUAUUAUAAAUGAUGCUGAUGAGAUCCCUAGCAGGGAGGGGUUACUUUUUCUUAAACUGUAUGAUGGAUGGACGGAGCCUGUUGCUUUCCACAUGCGCAAAUCACUAUAUGGCUUCUUCUGGAAGCAGCCAGGGACCUUGGAUGUGAUUUCUGCCUGCACUAUUGGAAUGUUGAGUAAUGUAUAUGGAAUGGACGGCAUCCGUCUGCGACGGCGGGAGUACUACACUAUGCCCAACUUCCGACAAUAUGAGAACAAAACUGGACACAUCUUGGUGCAGUGGUCUGUGGGAAGCCCACUGCACUUUGCAGGGUGGCAUUGCUCUUGGUGCUUCCCACCAGAGGGCAUCUAUUAUAAACUUAUCUCAGCACAAAAUGGGGAUUUCCCGAGAUGGGGGGACUAUGAAGACAAAAGAGACCUCAAUUACAUACGCUGGCUCAUAAAAACAGGGGGUUGGUUUGAUGGGACAAAGCAAGAGUACCCACCAGCAGAUCCUCACGAGCAAAUGUACGCUCCAAAAUAUAUCAUGGAAAAUGCCCAACACUUUGGCUACUUAGUCAAAAACCCCUACAGCAGCUGAGGUGGUUGCAUAGGGUAAUAAUACUGGUUAUGAUGAAAAUAUUGUCAUCUGUUGGGUAUUUUCAAAAAUGGUUUUCAUAUGUUUCCUCAUCGAUCCACUGGAAAGGAAAUUGCCACUAACUGGAGAUGAAGGGCAUAGGUAUUACACAGGGUCACACUAGGUUAUACUGUGUUCUCUAGUAGGAUGGUGGACCUUACUGGUUGCUGCCUGCCAGGUUGUGGCUUAGGGCACUGGUUACUCAGGAGACUGAAAGUGGUUUUACAUACGUACGCACCAAAAAGAGGUAUUUCGGCAUAGCAGCUUGUUAGUGAUAUCACUUGUGCUGUUCAAGCACCAUUGCAUGUUCACUUAUCUUGCCUUCCAACCUUUGGCCUGCAAGAUGAACCAGCAAUACAUUGAUGACCCUGGCUAGAUCAGGGAUAGGCAACCAUUUGCAUUCCAACUGUUGCAGAACUAUAAUUCCCAGUGGCACCAUGCUAUUUCUCCUGUUUGAGAAAGUCUGUGAUUUUUAGUUCUCUAACAGCUAUAAAGUCAAUUGUUUCAUAUCCCUAGAAGCGGUUAAUGCUCAUGCAGCAAGCUACAUCGUGUAUGAGUGUGAAUAUGCAUUUACAAGUUCCAGUUCAUGCAGAUCUUUAUACCAAGGCAAUGCUAGAAAAAUUCAAAUGUAUUUUAUAUGACUUUUUAAUACAAUGAGUUAUAGGUUGGUUCUCCAAAUUUGACCCGGUUAUCGUCACCUGAACUUGGAAAUCCAUAUAACCUCUCGUCUUAAGUAUGGAGUGUAUCAUGAGAGCUUUAGAUAGGGGAGAUCUGCUCUCUUUCUUCAAUCCCAUUAGUGCCAAUGUGUUGAAUUACACUAAGAGUACAUCAGUGGUUAAACGAAGGAUGAAUGCACUAUUUAAACUUGCUGGGAAAUUUGCAAAUGUUUUUUUGUGAAUGCCAAAAGUGAAAGUAAUACAAUAUAUGCACAACAUCUGGUGUGUAAACUACAUACAAAUACAUGCAAAUAGGUGAGAAAGCUCUAACAUUAGGCCAGGGGGCUCAGGCCUCAAUAUAUCUACGAUUAAAGAACAUGUAAUGUUUACAUACAUAUUUUGGAGAUCUAGAAUAAAGCAUUGUGGUAGAUAAAGAUUUAUCUUGCACAAUUCACUUCUCUGUCUUAAAGGGACAAUAAACCAUGUUUUGUAUCUAUCUGUCUAACAGAAUUAUUGAAUAGAUUGUUUUUUAUUAGACCCGUUGUAGGGCUUGUCUUAGCUUAUAUAAAGAUGGUAUUGACUCUUAAUGCAGAUUCUUUCAUGAUGUUGAGUAACAUUCUUCCUUUAUCGCAUAACUUGCCAGUCUUAUAAUCCAUUGGUAAGAACCACCAUGGGGCAGAUGCUUAGUGUGUAACCAACUCGCUGCAAUCUUAAUGGGGGCAUCCCAAAGUAGAUGAACUUGACAAAGACCAUGUCCAUGUUUAUUGUCCAUUUAACACAAAGCAGCCUCCUGGCCUGAAAGUGAAGAGUACAAAAGGGAAACAGGUUUCAAAUCAAAUGGUUUUGCCAUGAUCAUAUCUACAGCUUUGUCUGGCUACAGAAGUAUGUUAUGUUUGUCACGUUUACACCAUGUUCUUCAUGAAAGGAGUAGGACAGGAAAGUGAAGGCAUCUUUGCCAGUGUUGUGAUGUAUAAUGCAUGUUAAAAAGCAACCUUCUCUCACUUUUACUUUCCCCAUCUUCACAUUAGUCAACACUGUAUGCGUUUAUCCUUCUUUGUUUCUUAAUCCUACUCCACGUGUGUUGGCAGCUGUCUAGACUACAACAUGGUGAACAAUGAGUGCCAACAGAUACUUCUAAAGAGGGACACUUGGGAAAUAUCCAUAAUGCAGCUCUGUGAUUUCAGAGCAUUGUUUCUACCCUGGGUAUUUUUCUAUGGUUCCCUCUUUAUAGGUCAGAGAUAUGUAUGGCACGCAGAUCUGCAUUAUUCCUUCAUAUAUCUGGCUCUAGAGAUCACAGCCAGGUGACGUUGCUUGUCUUGCGUGAAAAAGCACCAACCUCCCAUGCUUCUGCAUUGCUGCAGUGUAACAAAUUAAAUACCAUGGAAAUCCAGAACUGUUUGUAUUUGCUGUACAAGGACAGAAGCAGAUGGCCAUAAGGAUUAGCACUUAGCUCCAAUUCAUCUGUAGGUUGUCAUAAAUUAUCAACACAGACACAAAAGAACAUAUGUUAUUAUAAGAGUAAAUCUUCUACUGUUGAUUUGAAUUAUGUACACAGAGCAUUAAAGGAAAACAACAAUAUAAGGAAAAAUAAUAAGCGUAUGCCUUUAAAUAGCCACUAGUCAGAGUCUAGAAAUAUUGCGUUGGUGCCAAAGACCGGGUAUUUGAAGUUAAAAACAUGAAUUAUAGGGCAUUGAUCAUAAGCAAUAAAGGGAACAACCAUACUAAUGCCAUUGUAUCAGGUAGAAAUAAUAGAAACCCUGGUUUAAGGCACUAUAAGGACAGGGAUGGACAGUGGGCUGUUGGUAGUUGUAGUUCCAUACAUCCAUUAUUAUUUGCUUUUUAUUUGAGUGUAAAGAGGUGAUAGAUCUAAUUUUAUAAACAGGAUGUGCUUUUUCUGUUUGUGAAUGUUAAAGAUCCACCGCACAACUGUUUUCUUCACACUCUGCACACCUUUUUGCUUUUUUUUCUGUUUAUGGUCACGUAAGCCUCAGUCUGUAAUAAACACUUUAGCAGGUGUAUUUAUCUGGAACAAGCUGAGCAUGUUGUUUGCAUUUACCCAUUUAAAAAUCUAGUGUAAUGUCACAUGGGCUGAAACUCGCAGGCUGAGAAUCAGCCCCUUGCCUAACCGCCAACCAUAACCAUUGCACUGGGCCGGGUCAGGCACAUGCGUCGUGAUUUCGGUGCUGAAAUGCAAAAUCAGA